UCGAAGAAAAGCGAAAAGAAAGAUGGAAGAAGAGAAGGCUGCAGCAUACUAUGACGAGCUUACCCGAAAAGGUGAAGGAGCCGCCAGGUUCAAGCAAGGCCUCGGUUUUUCGGCCUCCGCAUCAAACGACGACGUUCCCAAACCCGGUUCAGCUCUCGUUUCUUCCUCUUCAUUCCUGUCCAAAUUCGUCAAAGCCUCGAGCCCUUCCAAAGCAUCGGAGUCAGACAAGCAAGCGCAUCUCCAAUCCAUUCAGAACAAGCUCAAGAAAAAACCCUCUUCCGAAUCUAGGGUUUCUGAGAAAACCAACCACGGUUCUUCUUCAAGCAGAGUGAGGGAUAGCGAUAGAAGUAGAAGGCGAAGCAGAAGCAGAAGCAGAAGCACGAGCAGAGAUAGAUACAGGGAAAGGGGUAAGGAGUCGAGGAGGCGAAGCAGGAGUAGAGAGAGAUACAGGCAUAGAGAUCGAGAUAGAAGGAGAAGCAGAAGCGAUUCGGAUGAGGAUAGAGAUAGGCGGCGAAAGGAAAGAGAGAGAGGGAGACGAAGGAGUAGAAGCGUUUCUCCUCGUCAACAACGAAGGUCGGAGAAUAGAGGUAAAGUGAGUGAAAUGGGGAAGGGGAAGAAUGAUGUGGUUGAUUAUGCGAAGCUAAUUGAAGGUUAUGAUAAUAUGUCAUCUGCGGAAAGAGUCAAAGCCAAGAUGAAGCUUCAACUAUCUGAAACUGCUGCACAGGAUUCAGGAAAAGGUGUUGGCUGGGAGCGAUUUGAGUUCAACAAGGAUGCCCCUCUAGAUGAUGAGGAAAUUGAAGUUGCUGAAGAUGAUGCAUCCUUGGUCAAGCACAUUGGCCAGAGUUUCCGAUUUUCUGCUGUUGAGGCAAGAAGGGAGGAACAAAUCCAAGCUGCUCAUGAGGAAGCUAUGUUUGGUGCUACAGCAGUUCCGCCUCCCACAAGUACAGACAGCGAGCCUGAAAGGGAGAGCGAGGAGGUUGAUAAAAAAGGCCUUGUUACAAGCCUUUUAAAUGAAACAGUGCUAGCCAAGCGAAAAGGGUCUUGGCGUGAUCGGGUUCGUAAGGCAUAGAAUUUGCACAUGGAAGUUGAUGCUGCUGACGGAAAAGCGGACCAAAUGUCACAUGGAGUUUAGAACUUAGUCUUUGGAUUUUGCAGCUGGAAUUACUGUGCAAAUUUGCUGGUUAGUAUAUGGGGUGUGGUGGGUGGGCUCUAACCAUGUAUACAGCUUGUAUCUAGUUCCUAUGCAACUGCCAUUAUAUUUGCAAGCAUAUAUCACUAGUAAGGCAGGCUAUUUGUGCUAAUAUUUAUCAUUUGAAAAAGAGGAAGCGGGAUGUUUGAAAAUUUGUUUUGUCUUUUGUCUGUUAGUUUCAGUGCAAAUUUUAGAGGGAAAGCUACCUUGUACUUGUAGAAUAGUUUUAAACAAAUACCGUUUU